GCUUUUACUUUCUACUAGAAUGUAAAUCAUCCCGCCAAAACCAAAAAGCCAGUACAUUUUUAAAUUCAAUAGGGUGUUUUUAUUUUUAUUUGAAUUCUUUUGUUUGGAAGAUUUAUCUGUGUUUUUGUUGUGGAAAUGGGUGCUAAGAAGAGGAAACACCGUGCUCUCACCAAACAGACUCCGUCCAACUCUUCCGUUCAGCCUCCGUUUCAGGGACUAAAUGCAGCCAACUUGAAAAAAUUGUAUGCCAAAUUGCUCCAUUUGUCAUUGAACAAUUCUACACUGGAAUCCUAUAAUUGUGAUUCUGGAUACAUGGGGGUGGAUGAUUGUGGUGGUAAAUUAAAAUCGAAGGAUAUUUAUGAUCUAUCUCAUACUUUAUUUAGAGAACUAGACAUUAGAUUUAAGGAGUUAUUCUCUGCUUUAGAUAAUGGUUCUACUGCAGUGGUUAUGGAUGUAUGGGCUAGUGAUGGGGAACUAAUAUUGGUGUUGAGAUGUUGCUUGGUCAUGUUGGGGUUCGUUGAAUUCGAUCACGGCGUUCUCAUAGAAAAAGGAAAAGUUCUUCUCUCGAUACUUGGAAGAUUGAUUUCUUUCGAGUUAAGUGUUGACGGUGGAACUGAGUUUGUUGCUUCAAAAGCUUCGUUGCGACCUUCCAAUUUGUGCUGUGAAGCUCUGUGUGCUGUGCUUGAGGUGUUUGCAGAUGAGCUUUUGGUAAAUAAAUUAUUGAGGGAGUACUUAAUGUUGGUUGAUUCUACAUCUUCGAGAAGCGACGUGCUAUUUAAUUGUCAUUUUGGUUAUGGUAAUAUUGGAAGUGUGUUAGAGGUGGUUUGUUCUCAUUUUAUUCUUUCAGUUUCCAGUGAACAAGCGGUUGUAAAUUUCAUCGACAGAUUAUUUUGGUGCCCCAAGGACUUCAGAAUUCCAGAAAUCAGCUUGCCUGCAGCCUUGUCUCUUCUUCUCAACCCUGUUGUGCUUUCAGCUCCAAAAAUGUUUCUGGCACAUUUGAUUUUAUUGGUUUCCGAAACAAUUGGUGUUUGCAAAGCCUCCAAGAAUACCCCGGAUGUUCAGUUAGCAGAUUGGUACUCGACAGCUUUUGAAAGAUCUGUCAUGCUGUACACCAGACACACGUCUAAUUUAUUUGCUGAUAGCCAUAAAUCAGACGAUAAUGGUUCUUUUGUUAGAUCUAGUUUGCAUGGGUAUAGUACACUGAAGUUUGAAUCAUUCCUUCUGCCAGCAACAUUGGACAAACUACAUCAUCUUACUGCAAAGUCCAAAAGUUUAUGGGAUUCUUAUUUAAAUGAAAUGUCUUGCAGAACAAAUACUGAUCUUGUGGCUUCCUCUUUUGCAUAUGUAAAGGAUAACAUAUGCAAUUUUGAUGAAUCCCGUAGAGGUGAAAUUUUAUCAAUAGUAAGUUGCAUUAUACUAGGGUGUUCCUCUGAUGGUACAUGCGGCACAUUAUUUGAGAAAGGGGAUAGAAACCCCCAAGACACUCAUUUGCUUGCUUCUAUACUGAAGUUGAUGAGUAGUUCAAUGUUACAACUUAUACGGUAUGUGAGGUGUGUUCUGUUAUCCGGUGGUUCGAAAUCCUCAGGAGAUUUAUCUUCCUGUAAGGAAUAUAAUUCCAUAUUGCGUAUUGUUUGUUCUUUUGAACAUUUAAGUAUCCAUCCACUAAGGCAAAACCAUUUACAUAGAAAGAUGCAAUCUUACCCUGCAAGAUACAAGAAUUCUAAAUGGAUGCUUCUGCAUCUGUCAGGCUUGCUUUCAUCAAGUUAUAUUGGUGGGAUUCAUUUCUUGGUUAAUGGGUGUUUGUUUACAUUAAUGACGCUGUUGGAUUUAUUUGCUAUUGAAGAGGGCGAUCUUGGCACAUUAGGGUCACUAUGUCGUCCCAAAUUAAGUUAUUCAUCAAAAUCAUCUGACAGUGCUGUUGAAGGGGUCUUGGUAGUAAGAAAAUCUAGCCGCCUAAUUUCUUUAAAGUUUCAAAAUAUUCGGGAUAUACAGCUGAGACGGCUUUCUGAAAUGAGAAAGCAAGGCAACCAAGCAGAAACAUCAGAAUAUUUCAGUGCCGCAAAUGACCUUAAAGCCAAUAAUGUUAAGGAAAUCUGUAAUGAUGGGAUGUUCCUGAAGAUAUUAUUAGGAAAAAACGCCAAAAAAUCUGAUUUUGAUGAGUUAGCCAACUUCAUUGAAUUUGAGCCGGGAAAGGACUAUUUAAGCUGGUGGAAGAAUCUAAGGAAACAUAGAGAAUGGAGAUCCAAGAAGACGUUACAACUAAGUUGGAAGAAAAGGAAAGUGGCAUGGAAAGUGAGGUAAUGCAUAGGAGCCUUUUGGUUCUCUUCCUUUUGCUGCUGCUGUUGAUGGUAUAACAUUUGAAGCCUUGCUAUCUCUCUCUCUAGCAUAUCUUGCUCCACUGUAGACACCACCAACACAUAAAAAUGGUAUUAUUUAAAAUAUGCAUUUUAUUGUUUUAUCAAACAUUUAAAUGUAUGCCCUGCAGGCAUAGGCUUGGCGGGGCUUAAUGUCGACAUCUGUGCGUCUCAGGUUUGAAUCGACUCUUUCUUUUUUGUUAUGAAAAAAGAAAUCACUUAAGAUAGAGUUGAAGGUAAAAUAGUCAUUUAGAGAGAUUACUAGGUUAACGACUUACUGUAUUUGAUGAGUUGCUCCUGAGAUAUAUUAUCUAACCGUUGCUUCAGAGCUCGGUUUUCCAUGCCGAGUAUGAGAAUUUCCUCAUUAUGAUAUUGAAGCGCAGCCGUAGCUUCAAAACCUUUUGCCUGUAACAAGACAUAUAUGAACAAUAUUUAGUGACGAUAUCACAUCUGCUAUCUUUAGUUGACGAUUUGUUGUAAAAGUUUAAGUGAUAUCUUGCCUGUAAAAAUUGAACACUUCUUUCUAGUUCAGCUAUAUACUGAAGUUUCCGUAGGCGUGAAUUUCUAGCUAAUUGCCUGCAAGUAAAUGAUGAUUUUAUAUUUCAGUUUAAGUUCUGCCAAUUGAAUAUCAAACUAACCACCUUAAAAGCUGUUGAGAAAUGCAUCCAAUAGGCGAGUUUGCUGUUUUAUGAGCUGAAGUAAAAGCAGUAAACUUACUGCUUGGCGCGCUUCGAAUCUGACUUGGAUGCAGAGGCAGUUGAGGUAGUGAUUGAGCUAUCACUCUUAACAUGUGGAAUUCGUUCUUGAUUUUUCUUGAUAAUGGCUUUAGAAAGCACACUUCCGCCUGAUUUUUGAACAUUACCAGAAGUCCCGGAAAUUUCAGCUGUUAUAUUGUUAUUACUCGACAAGAGUAGGCCAGUUGUGUUUGAUGCAGAAUUUAAGAGUGCAGCAGAAUCACUUGAAGAUCGUCGAUGACAGGCUUUAUAACCAGCUGGUGAGUCAGGCUCCUUAAGGAGCUCAUCAAGCCAGGAUGGUUGUUCUAUAUCAAUGAGAUAUCCAUCAGAUGCUGCGCGAUGAUGGUGCACAGCCACUCCUUUUAGCGGGUUUCUGACUAGUCUUGAUUCCCCUGCUGAAAAAUUGGAGAUGCUAUCGCGAUAUGAUUGGAAUGUGAAUUGGAACGGGUUUCUUGGAUGUGAUGAAUCUUGUCUUUCCGGGUUGGAAAAGCUUUUACUGACUGAUAAUCUUUUCGGAUUUUCCAUACCUAUAAUCAGAAGAACCAUUAAGAAAUAAUAAAAUAUAUCAAAUAGAUAGUAUUUAGAAUAUAAGUUUAUCAUUGGGUUGUUUUCUGUAAUAUCAAGUAUAACCAUUUUUUUCAUUUUAAUUACGUUGGGAGAGAAUUGAAUCUGGACUUUUAUAACUUGAACAUUUUCGACUUAACACCAUCUUGUAUAACUCGAGAAUGGUUAUGUAUUAUUGACAUCUAAGAUCAUAUAUUAAGAGAGCAUACAAAUUUGAUUUUA